UGUUUCAGUAGCAGUACAGAAAGUGGCCUUUCUAUCCCCUCCCUUUUUCUAUGGUCUUGUUUUUGUUUUAAUGAAAAUAAUGUGUUUAUCUUCAUUCACUGUCCUAUUGUGAAUUUCCCAAAUUUGAGUGCUUGUUUCGCGCGUUGUAUUUUGUAUUUUGUUGAUUUUUUUGAAUGCAUAGGAUGGUACAGAGUGCACAAUAAUUAGUAAUUUUUUUUUAAAAUUAUGAUUUCAAUGAAAUGCAAGAUCACAGGAUUGUUAACAGCUCUACGUUAAAAUUUUGAAAUGCUUCCAGGGAAUAAUAAUGUUACGCCAAAACAUGCUCGUAGGUCAGCUAAAUAUGACAAAAGUCUUGCAUACUUUACCAUGAAAGAUGGGCUUCCCGUGAUUUUAACAAGAAUUGUUGAUUACCUGGUGAGGUGUAAAGAAGAAAUAAUACAGCAGUAUGGUGAGAAAGCGAGAGAAGAAAUAAAAACUGUAAUUGGCCGGUUGUCGGAAUUGAAAAAUGAGAUUCAAACCAAUAAGCUGAUUGUGCCCUUGAUGUGUGAGGCUGAAGAUGCUGACCAGUGGAAUGCGUUCCUCGGUGAUCAGGAAAACAGAGAUGGGGAGGUGCGGUGGUUUACCACUGUAUCCCUGCAUGCAGAAUGCUACAUGUACCGACGAGUAAAGCAGAGUUUCGAACUGACUGGUUCCCUGCGGAAGUUUGACCCGUUCUUUGCGGGUAAGGAAACAUCGUUCAUGAGCUCCCUGGAGGCUUGCGUGAAGAUUGCGGAGAAGCAGUUUCAGCUGCUGAGAAGAGAUGACGUACCACAGGACGAAAUCAAGCAGCAGUUCAUGGAACUUAUCAAGCUGAGCUUAUACAGCAACAAGUUUGACAUGGCCAUGACGCUAGGGAUAAGUAAAGGAGCCACAAACGAAGAGGCAUUAGAUUAUGCAGGCCGAUUCCUGGACUACUUGUCAGAUGACUCUGAAGACAUUUGGGAAUAUCUUUCACAAUCUGAAGACAUCCAGGUGAUAGAUGUGGUGUUAGACAAUGCUGGUUUUGAACUAUUUGUUGACUUAUGCUUGGCUGAUUUCCUCUACACAUGCAUUGGAGCGAAGAGAGUUCGUCUGCACGCAAAAGCCAUGCCUUGGUUCGUGUCUAACGCCACACUUCGCGACGUGAACUGGCUCAUAGAGACGCUGUCUCGUGUUGGCGCCUACUCUCCCGGCUUGCCGGAGCUUGGCAAGCGAUGGCGGAAGUACUUCGACUGCGGAGUGUGGAUUCUCGAAACCAGCAGCUUUUGGACUUUGCCAUAUGAUUUCUCUGAAAUGGAGCGAGUUGACGGCGACUUGUACCAGUCGCUGACAGACAGUUUUUUGAUAAUUUUCAAAGGUGACAUAAAUUACAGAAAGCUCUUGGGCGAUAUAAACUGGCCAUUCACCACGAGUUUCCACAGUGCACUUAGAGGCUUCAGUCCUGCUCAUAUUGCUGUGUUGCGUAUUGUGAAAUCUGAUGUUUUGUGCGGGCUGACGGCUGAUCAAGAAGAAACGGUUCUGACCAAAGGCCCGCGUUGGUACACACAUGGGCAGUAUGCUGCGAUUCAGUACGACUGAUUUUAAAAUUUGACAUAAGAUUUCAGAAGCCCGAUUACCACUUCCAGCAUGAUUUAUUGUGUGUGUGGUUUUCAGUUUUACUUCAAAGUUCGUACCAAUUUCCAGUGUAACAUUUUUUAUCCAUGCCUUCGGAAUGUGCAGUGAAAAUUUGAUUGUAAUAGUUGGAAAUGAAACUCAAUGUGAUUAUUUUGAAUUUUGUGUUGAAUUUUCUUGCUGAUAUAUGUUGAGCUUAAGCUGAAAAUGAAAUUAAGAGUAAAAUAAAUUUUAUUUAUUAACUGUUA